AGCGGGCCAAAGACAGCCUUCGGAAGCUCGAUUUUGCUACUCGAUUUUCCACGUCGGAUCAUGGAUUUCGACGACCUGGACGACGAGGAGGAGCAGGUGGCCAGCAAGGCCGAGGAGGAGAAGCGCGCGGCGGAGGAGGAGAGACGCGCCGCUGCGGCUGCAGCACGGCGGGAGGCCGCCGAGCGCAUCGCGGCCGAGCGGGCAGCAGCUGACAAGGCAGCUGAGAAAGCGCCGGAGAAAGCGCCGGAGAAGGCGCCUGAGAAGGCGCCUGAGAAGGCGCCGGAGGCGCUGAAGACGAAUGGCGUGAACGGGAACGGGAACGUCGCCGAGGACCCGGAGCUGUGGGAGGUCGUGGGCGGAGCGGACAAGGGUGGCAUCAUGGUGCGAGAAGGCGAGAGCACCUCUUCCACCCAGAAGUCCGAGCGAUUGUCCACGGGUGCUGUGGUGGAGCAGCUGGCCCUGAAGGGCGAUCGCCUGAACUACAAGCUGCAGAAGGGCAGCGGGCCCUCUGAGGGCUGGGUCAGCGUGAAGCUGACGGGCAAGGACCUGGUGGUGCCAUAUCUCGAGAUGACUGAGAACGGGCCAAAGAGACGGCCGCCGGCUUGGAAGGUGGUGAAGCAACCGCAGAUCGAGUAUGCGCAGAUGAAGGAAAUUGCAAACAAGAGUGACCCUGGCGACUACUAUGGCCUGAAGUUUCCUUACACCAAGGACCAGAUCGUGGAGAUGGGACCGGAAUGGCUGACACAGGCCUUCCACAAGAGUGGCGUGCUGCCCCGGGACAACGCAGUCACCAAGAUCACGGAUGCCAAAGAGUUCGUGGGCGGCGGCGCCGGUCUGAAGUGCACCUUCACGGUGGAGUACAAGAAGGAUGAGCCCUACCUGCACAAGAAGCUCUUCGCCAAGCUCCCGCACAAGCCUGGCGGCUCCGAUCGAUACUUUGUCUCCUGCAUGUGGAACCAUGACAGGCCUGAGAUCGUGUUCAACAUCUACCUGCAGGAGUCUGUGCCCUUCCGAGUUCCAAAGUUCUACUUCGGGGACAUUUCGGCUUCCACCACCAACUUUGUGCUGAUCACCGAGAGUAUCGACUGGGCCAAGACGGGAAAGAAGGAGUUCAAGCCCUUCGAGGUUGAGCCAGCCUACGACAAGUACAAGGACUGGGAGCUGCCAGACGGUGGGCCCAUGUACUACCUGGCUUGCUGCCGGGCGCUGGGGAAGAUGGCUGGGUACCACAAGCAGAGGCGGUUGCACAAGAUGGUGGAUGAGAUGUUCCCAAUACCGGAGCCCAUCCCCAUGGUGCCGGUGCUGCCCCCCGUGGACGCAGUCACCUUGAAGCAGAACGUGGCCAAGGUGGACCAGUUCAUUCGCUUCGUGGGUGAAACGGCGAAGGCAGUCAUGCCGGAGGAGAUCACAGAUCAAGGCUUCUUGAACAGAUGGAAGGAGGAGAUCAUUGAGGUGAUGGACUAUGCCGGUGAGAUCCAAUGCUAUUGCUCUGGCGCCGGCACGAAGAACCCCCACGACUACGUGGGCCUGACACACAACAAUCUGCAGAUUGACAACGCCUUCUUCUGGCGCAACGAAAAGAACGAGGUGGAGGUGGGGCUGCUGGACUGGGGCGUCCUGGCCUGCGGGCCUUUGACCGGCGCACUCCAAGGCUGCAUCUCGGGGGCGUCCACUGAGGUGCUGCUGGAGCACCGGGACGCCUUCUUGAAAGCGUUCGUGGACAGUUACGCGGAGAACGGGGGCCCCACCUUGGACAUGGAGCGUCUGAAGAUGAUGAACUCUUUGAUGAUGCUCUUGUGGGGGGCCAACAUCGUCAGCAACGUGAGUCAAGUGCUGAAGUUCACUAAGAAGGAGGAGUGGGCGGAGAUCAACGACUGGAUGGACCCCAGGCUAUUGGAUCGUUUUCAGACCCGCGCGCACACCACGCAGUUCAAGGAGGCGCUGCAGCUCUAUCGCAAGUGGGACCUGUAUGGCAUUUUCCAGGAAUGGAAGUCCGAAGUCGGGCUGCCUUCGAAGCGGUGACGGAUGCAAGCAAGCUCCAGUGGGUGAUUUUCGACUCAUGCCAAGUGGGAAGAAACCAUCUCUUUUGCUUGACCUCGGCUGCCAGAAUCAUCAUCCGCGCUGCCGAGGGCGCGAAACACCGAACAAAAACCGCCGCACGGCCGGUUUUUCGGCUUGGCCACAAAGCUGGCUAAGCCGCUAGCGGUGCCAUCUCCGGCGACG